AUGUUAUCAUCUAGACUGGAAAUGAAAGAUAGAAAAAAGGCGGAAAAUUACGAAGGUGAUUAUGAAACGUGUGAGGAGUCGUCAAUGGACACUGCAAUAAUGGUAUCACCUAAAAUACAGGAAAAGGAGAGAGGAAAGAUAGAGGAUUACAAUAAAGAAUUUGAAAAAUCGCCGGUCGUUGCUGCUGGAACGGUAUCAUCUACAAUGGAUAAGAAAGAUAGAAGAAAGGCAGAAGAUCAUGAUUAUGAAACGUGUGAAGAAUGGUCAGUGGACACUGCGGAAAUGGUAUCACCUAGAAAAAUGGAGGAGGAUAGAAGAGAAAUAGAGAAUUACGACAAAAAGUUUAACAAUUCUGAAAAAUCAUUAGUUACAUAUGAUCAGUUAUCGGCUGCUACAACUGAAAUGAUAUCAUCUAAAAUGAAAGCAAAGGAUAGAACGAAGACAGAGGAUUACAAAAAUGAUUAUGAAACGUGUGAGGAAUCGUCGGUGAACACUGCAGAAAUGGUAUCACCUAGAGAGAAGGAAAAGGGUAGAAGGCAAAUGCAGAAUUACGACAAAGUCUUUGAUAUGCCAGCACAUGUUUAUUCAUUAUCACCAAGAAAUCAAUCAAAAUCAUUGAAAAUUCAAAAAAGCAAUAAAAUUGCUCAACAAGCCACAUUUUUGACCAUUUAUGAAACUGAACUGGAAAAAGACGACAAUAAGAAUGAUCAAAUGACAGAAAUAAAUAAGGAUGAGAGUGAAAAGGGUAAACAAAAUGAUGCUGUGAUUAAUAAUGAUGAUACUGUGAUUGAUAGUGAUGAUUACGAUGGUGAUAAUGAUGAUAGAAGUAUAUACUUCUCGAUUCGAAGUAUGAAAGAAAUGCAGAAUAGUCAAAAUUCCGACGAUGAAAGUGUUUAUUUUGCUGUAUCUUCGACAACAGCAACAAAUAAUGAUCCAACAAUUACUUGGAUCUAA